CCAAUUUUAGUUCACCUUCCUCAGAUCUCCAUUUUUAAUCGAAACCUCGUAUUCAUAUUUGCAUUUCAGAAUCCUACAAUUAUGGAAACAGAAGAUUGGGAAACAACACAAAUUAUUCUACCAUUGUAAUCGUUUGAUGUGUCACAUUAGGGCAUGAAAGAUUUGAAGGUUUUCUUCUCUUCGUAAGCAAGAUUUGUGCACCAUGUCAACUAAAGUUUCGGAGCCUGCAUUUCAGGGAGUUGGUCAAAAAGUAGGGAUUGAAAUAUGGAGAAUUGAGAACCUCCAACCUGUAGCUUUGCCAGAUUCUGAUUAUGGUAGAUUCUACUCUGGCGAUUCAUACAUCGUCUUAAAGACUGCUGGCAAGGCCGGCGCGUAUAAAUAUGAUAUACACUUUUGGCUGGGCAAAGAUACUAGCCAGGAUGAAGCUGGAACAGCAUCUAUGAAAGCUGUUGAGCUUGAUGUGGUUCUUGGCAGUCGUGCAGUACAAUACCGAGAACUUCAAGGUCAUGAAUCUAGUAGAUUUUUGUCGUAUUUUAAACCAUGUUUAUUGCCACUAGAGGGUGGUUUUUCAUCUGGCAUAAAGACACCCGAAGACGAAAACUAUGAAACACGGUUGUACACAUGUGAAGGAAAACGAGUUGCCAGAUUGAAGCAGGUCCCUUUUACUCAAUCCUCACUAAAUCAUGAUGAGAUCUUCAUCUUGGACACGAAAGAUAGAAUAUUUCAAUUCAAUGGGGCAAAUACAAAUAAUAAUGAAAGGUCCAAAGCUUUGGAUGUUGUUCAGCUUUUAAAGGACAAAUAUCAUGAGGGGAACUGCACUGUUGCAAUUGUUGCAGAUGAUGGAAAACAACCAACAGAAGGUUCUGGACUCUCAGGUGAAUUCUGGGCUCUCUUCGGUGGGUUUGCGUCUAUUGGCAAGAAGACAGCAAGCGAAAAUGAUAUAAUUCCGGAGAAAACUCCUGCGAAACUUUAUUGCAUUGCUGGAGGUCAAGUACAGGAUGUAGUUGGGGAACUUUCCAAAUCAUUACUACGCACCGAUAAAUGCUAUAUAUUAUAUUGUGGCACACACGUGUUUGUUUGGGUUGGUCGAGCAACACGACUGGAAGAUAAAAAAGCCGCCAUGCAGACUGCUGAGGAGUUCAUUGUGAACCAUAAUAUUUCAAAGUCAACUCUUGUAACCCGACUUAUGCAAAGUCACGAGACAAGUUCAUUUAAAUCCAACUUCGGGUCAUGGACAACAGCUUCAACCGCUGCUCCUUUUGAGGAGGGUAGAGGGAAAGUAGCAGCUAUGCUGAAGCAACAAGGUGGUCUUCUCAAAGGACAGACGAAACCUUCUCCCGUAGAGGAGGAAGUUCCACCAUUGCUUCCCGAAAAUGGAGAACUUGAGGUAUGGCAUAUUGAUGGAGAAUCUAAGACACCGGUACCCAAGGAAGAUAUCGGUAAAUUUUACAGUGGAGAUUGCUAUAUUUGUGACUACUCCUACGAUGUUAACGAUAAAAAAGAUCAUUAUCUCUGCUGUUGGAUUGGGAAGGAUAGCAUCCAGGAGGACCAAACAUUGGCUUCCCAGCAGGCUACAUCAAUGUUCAAAUCUCUCAAGUGCAAACCAGUGCAGGGUCGGGUUCAUCAAGGAAAAGAGCCACCACAAUUUGUUGCCAUCUUUCAGCCUAUGAUUGUUCUCAAGGGAGGACUGAGCUCUGGUUACAAAAGCUACAUUGCAGACAAGGGAUUGAAGGAUGAGACCUACAAUCCAGAUACUUCUGCUUUGAUUGAAAUAUCAGGAACUGCAAUGCACAAUAACAAAGCUAUUCAAGUAGAUGUGGCCGCAACGUCAUUAAAUUCAUACGGAUGCUUUAUCGCACAAACUAGUUCAUCAGUUUUUACAUGGCAUGGAAACCAGAGUACAGCUGAGCAGCAGCAGUUAACAGGAAAAGUUGUUGAAUAUUUGAAGCCUGGCGUAACCACAAAACUCGCUAGAGAAGGAAAAGAGAGCUUAGCUUUCUGGCUUGCAGUGGGAGGCAAACAAAGCUACGACAGUAAAAAAGUAACACAGGAAGUUGUCAGAGAACCGCACUUGUUUGAAAUAUCAUCCAAAGGAAAGUUCGAGGUUGAAGAAGUCUACAAUUUUGAACAAGAUGACUUAUUGGCAGAGGAUUUUAUGAUAUUAGAUACGCAUGCUGAGGUUAUCGUUUGGGUCGGUCAGUCAGUAGACCCAAAGGAAAAACAAAACGCUCUUGAAAUUGGUCAGAAAUACGUAGACUUGGCUGCUUCUGUGGAUGGCUUGUCCCCAAAUGUACCGUUAUAUAGAGUACAAGCAGGAAGUGAACCUUGCUUUUUCACAACAUACUUUUCAUGGGAUCCUACAAAAGCUACUGUUCAAGCAAACUCGUUUAAAAAGAAAGCUAUACUACUGUUUGGCCCAGGCGUAAUCGAGAAUUAUGAUAAUAAGCCUGAAGUGAACAAAAGUGGAGCAACUCAGAGAGCAUCAGCCAUGGCUGCUUUGACGUCUGCUUUUAAAUCAUCUACUGUUACUAAACCUGCUACUACUACUGCUCCUAGAGUAUUUAACCGGGCUUCACAGAGGGCAGCUGCGAUUGCUGCUUUAUCGAAUGUUCUAACUGCUGAAAGGAAGGGACCGCUGCCUGAUUCUCCCCCUGGUAGGCAACAGAAGAAAAAUACAUCUUCAGAACCUAGCUCACCUAAUACCAACUCCGCGAUCGUUGACCAGGUUCCAGCUACAGCUCUGGCUCCGGCUCCAGAUCCAGCUCCCGAUCCAGCUCCAGUGAAGAGUGAAGAACCCGAAAAUAAUGAAGUUUCUGAAGCUGCAAGUGAGACAUCUGAGCCAAAUCCAGAAACCAACGAAGAAGAGUCUUCGGUAAAAGAAACAGACGAGGAGGAAAAGGCUUGUGAAGACACUCAAAGCACAUAUAGUUAUGACCAACUGAUAUCAAAAUCAACAAACCCUGUUACAGGAAUCGAUUUCAAGAAACGAGAGACUUAUCUCUCCCCUGAAGAAUUCGAAGAAGUAUUUAAGAUGACAAAGGAAAAGUUUUAUGAGUUACCAAGAUGGAAGCAAGAUCAUAUCAAGAAGAAAGUUGACCUCUUCUAGAUAUUCAAAUCUUUCAAAAUAAAUGGUACCUUUUUUUUUUUUUUUCAAAAUAUCUAUUAUUUUAUUUAAUGCUGGUUUAUAUCAAAUUUUAUCAAAGUAACACCUUCCCAAAUAUGAUCUCUAUGAUCUAUUUGACCACAAUGGUUACAAAUGUCAUAUUUGAUGAUUUUAUCUUUUGUAUUCACUUACGGUUUGGACA